AAAAUUGCUGUAAGUAUUGUGAGGUUGAGCGGGCGAUUGGGCAAGUGUGUGUGAGACGUGAUCUGAUCACGGGGCGAGUGCGGACUUCAAGGCCGCGUUUCCAUCCUCCCGCGAGGGAAUUGGCUGGCCACGGAGGAAGCGAUUCCGUGUGAAAAAGACUCUCUUUCCACGUUUGUCAAGCCUGGGACUAAAGGGAGUCCCGGGGGACCGAUCGCAAAGGGGUUGAAAGGGGAAGAGGACGUCCAGUCAAGCUCUGGAAUUAGUAAACCCUUUCAACCAAAGAACCUAGGAAAGGUUCAAGGGAAAAGGUUGAAGCGCUAAGAAAAACCCUGGUGCAGCUAACCGAGAAGGAGCUCAGGAGAAGAGGAUUGAUUCCCCAAAGCGCGUCAUUGGGAUUUCCAAUUCACAAAAUCCAGCCGGGCGACAAAGUAUUGAUCAAAGUGUGGAGGGAACUUCCCCUCAGCCCUCAUUGGGAAGGCCCGUUCCUCGUUCUUCUGACAACAGACACCGCUGUACGAACAGCCGAGAAAGGUUGGACUCACUUUUCUCGAACAAAGAAAGUUCCCGAUUGCAAAGCCCCUGAGUGGAAGAUCACCACCCCGCCAGGAGAUUUGAAAAUCAAGCUCCGAAGGCAACACAAAUGAACAGUGGCGAAAGGAUAAGUUGUAAUAUCCGUGAUUGUUACUGUUUUCCGUUUGUGCAUUUUAAGUGUGCUUAUUGUAAGCAGAUUUGGGUGGCUCAUUGCAUAAGAGGUUAUAAACCAAAGGGAUUGUGCACUAGGUGCUACGAGAAAGAAUUAGAUCAGACCAACAGAUUCCUGAUACUUGCAACUCGAGCGGGCCUUUUGGAACUUGACUCUCCGGAGUGGUUCCUGUUUUAUCAAAAAGGAUUAGGGGGUCAGCUUGAUUGCAAAGCAGAACCCUUGGAGAUUGAGUGCCGUAGAACCGUGAAAGUACCGUGCAGGUUUGACCCGGUUAAAGCGUCUCGGUGGGCAACCUUUAAGCGAAGGUUUGCCAUCAGGACAUCAAGGUCCCCUGAAGACAGUCCUUGCUGCCGAGAAAAUGGUUACCCCCGCCGUAUACUCUUAUACGGGCGGAGGGAAUGGCAGAGGGAUGCGAUUGUGGGGAAUCCUGAUGUCCCUGAGCCUAGCCAUGUGCUCGAUCAAAGGAAUGGAGCCCGAGGCGCCCCCAGGGGAGGGUCCCCUGGGGAAGUGUGAGCAGUGUCAGACUGCCACAAAAAUCGAGCGUUUGACCGAGUGUCCUCCAGAACUACACGCGGGAAUAUGUUGGUUAAACGGUACUCAGUUCAAAUUGUGUAAAUUAAAAGAAAAAGUCUGGUGCUCGAAUUCAGGAGCAAGUAUCAAGGAAAGACCCAUUCGGACCUCGGAAGAAUUAGGGGUCGCAAUGACCCACUUCCGGAAUAAAAGAGAAAUAAAGGGAAUUUCCCCAAUCGCGGUCUGUGGACAGUGUAAUAAAACUGUCUGGAUUGGGGGAAAGAAACAUUCGACAUUUUUGGCUUACCACCGAGUUAACCCUACAUGCUGCAAUAAAGCAAACUUAAAACCGUGCAUGAUGGGGGGGAAAUUGUAUUGGGAAGGGAAAAAUUUGAAACACGAAGCGAAACUGACAUUCAAUAAUGAACCAAUAAUUUUGGAUCUAUUGAAGUCAGAUGACGAAAACGCGUGUCUUCAAUUUGACCCAGUGUUCUGUUUUUCUAAGGAUGAGGAAGGGUUAGACCCAGAAAGUAAAAUAAAACAGAUUGCCAUGGAAAUGAAACGACAGGAAAUGGAAAAUAAAAAGAAAAGAUUGGAGCAAGAGAGGUUAAACUCUCUCAGUAAACAAUAUGAAUUAUUGGAGAAACAAUAUGACAAUUGGAAAUUACCUAGCCCAGACCAAAACUUAUUUGUAGACUUAAUGCAGGAAAUAGCCACUGAAUUGGGUUUAUCCAACUGUUGGAUAUGCGGUGGUUUAAAAUCAGCUGAAAGAUGGCCAUGGAAGGGAGAGGGAUUGACCCCUGAACAAUUACUAAAAUGGACAGAAUUAAAAUUCUCAAAAACAACCCGGAGACCAGAGGGAUGGGUAAUAGACGAUCGAAUAAUUGGAACUUUUUGCAUCAGCCGGGAGGGAAAGGAGUUUACCGAUCUGGUAGGAUACACUCCGUGUGUAAAUACCCUCACGGUAAACUCAGAUAAGAAAACAAAAAUCUGGCAACCGGAAUCGCCCGAAGGGUAUUGGAUUCCCUAUCGGGAAAAUAACUGCGAGUGGAUAGAAACUAUUGGACUUUGUUGGAGCAAAAAACCAGGGGCCAAUCCCUUCCAUGCAUUCAUAGGCCUGAGGGACUAUUGGGAGGAUCCGGCAAGAAUUAAUAGAGAUUGGGAAGCUCCCGAUGGAAUUUACUGGGUAUGCGGAAAGAAAGCAUACAGUGAAUUACCUCGGAAGUGGAAAGGGUCAUGCACACUCGGAUUAAUUCGGCCAUUUUUCUUUACAUUACCAAAAGGUGAAAGCAAGUCUUUAGGUGCUCCCCUCUUUGAAACUCUAGCCCGACAAAAGAGGGAUCUAAAAAAGAUAUUACCAAUGGCAGGAGGGAGCCAGAAAUGGAAAGAGGAGGAAUGGCCUGCCGAGAGAAUCAUACAAUAUUAUGGUCCAGCCACCUGGGCAAAUGAUGGCAGUUGGGGUUAUAGAACCCCCAUUUACCUCCUCAAUCGGCUCAUCAGACUGCAAGCGGUAAUGGAAUUAGUUUCAAACCACACUUCAGAAGCCCUGGAACUCCUAGCAAGGCAACAUUCCUAAAUGAGAGCCUUUGUUUACCAAAACAGAUUAGCUCUCGACUACUUGCUAGCUGAGGAGGGAGGAGUGUGCGGAAGAUAUAAUGAAUCUGAGUGUUGCAUGGAGAUAGAUGACUACGGGGAAACUAUAAAGGGACUAGCUGCAGAAAUAAAAAAGGUGGCACAUGUGCCAGUCCAAAAAUGGAAUUCCAUCCUACAAGCCUCCUGGUGGGACCAAAUUUUUGGUCAGGGGGCUUGGUGGAAAAAGCUAGUGUUCUUUAUAGGAUGUUCAGCUGCUGGAGUCAUCUUCCUACCAUGUCUAAUUCCUUGUCUAAUCAGAUUAAUACACUCUGUGGUCCAAGGAAUGCAAAUUGCCACCCUCCCAACAGACCCAGAAAAGGCACAAGAUAAAACAGCCCUUCUCUCUAAAAUAAUGAAAUUAGAGGAAGAGAAAGAAAGUAAAAAUGCACUAAAAGCCUUAGAAAAAUUUGAGAACAAACACAUGUUGUCACAAGAAAUUGAUAGUUCAGUAACAGAUGAAGAAGAUAAUAAAAAUAGG